CUUCCUGGUUUUUUGGUCCACGUGCAGAAAAUAAAGAAUUUGUUAAAGAGUUUUACAAUAAUGUUAUCGAUUUACAGGCAGAGGGAAGAAAGGCGUACUUUGACACUGCAGAUCCAAAUUUCAUUACACCACAAAUGCAGGAUUCUGAAGAAUUCAAAACUAAUAUAAAUUAUCUCAAAAGUCAACUUAACAAACUUUUAGAAAAACUCAAUGAAAGGACUGUACCAUUUUGGUCACCUCGUUAUAUGGGUCAUAUGGUUACAGAAACAACCAUGCCAAGUAACCUUGGUUAUGUGGCGGCCCUGCAAUACAACCAGAACAAUAUUGCUACUGAAGGUGCUCCACUAACCACUUUGCUUGAGGCUGGUGUUGGGAAUCAGUUGUGUGGAAUGCUUGGAUUUAACACUGAUGAUAAUCUAAACAUUAAUUUGGAUAAUCUUGAUAAAGAAAAUGAAAAUAUUUAUAAUUUUGGCCUUCACGAAAUUCAAAGUUGGGGCCAUAUAACGUGUGACGGCUCUGUAGCAAAUUUAGAAUCCAUUUGGGCUGGUAAGUUAGCUAUAUGCAAAAUUAGUUUAAGAAAAUCUAAUUUUAGAAUGCUGAACUGUUUAAAUUUUAUUUUUAUCACUUUAAUAGCACGUAACCUUAAAUUCUAUCCGCUAUCCCUCCGUCUUGCUAUUGAGGAAGGGCAGUUGUCAUUCAUUGGAAAGAGUUUUACUGUUGAGUUAGCCAAUGGUUUGGAGAAUAAACUUCUUGUGGAUUGCACCACCUGGGAAUUGCUUAACCUCAAACCAACCACUGUGUUAGAUAUCCCUGAACGACUUUACCAAAAGUAUGGAAUUUCUCCUCAGUUUUUGCAGGCUUCCCUCAAGGAUUAUACCAUUCAGUCUAUAGGAAAGGAUGAUCUAGAGAAAAAGUUUGGUAUCACAAAACCAUCGUUAUAUUUUGCAAGUAAUACACAUCAUUAUUCAUGGCCUAAGGGUUGUGCCAUUGUCGGAAUUGGAUCCGUAAAUUUGAAAACUAUUCCAGUAGACGAUGCGGCACGAAUGGAUAUUAAUGAACUUGAUAAAGUUCUCGCAAAAUGCGUUAAAAAUAAACAAGCUGUUUAUGCAGUAGUAGCGAUUAUGGGAUCAACCGAACAAGGUGCUUGUGAUCCCUUGGCCGAUAUAAUAGCGCUUCGAGAUCGAUAUAAACGUAGAUACGGAUUUAGCUUUGUUAUUCAUGCAGAUGCUGCAUGGGGUGGAUACUUUCGUACGAUGCUUGUUGAACCGCCUAAAAAUUCUUUACACAAUGAUUGUAUAAAAGAUAAUAAUGAAGUUCAUGAUACCUUUGUUCCUACAUUAGCGUUAAAUCCUUAUACAAGAAGGCAUUUAUACAGUCUAAAAGAUUGCGACUCUAUCACUAUUGAUCCGCACAAAAGUGGAUAUAUUCCAUAUCCUGCUGGUGGUCUAUGUUAUCGAGACCAACGCAUGAGAUAUCUGGUCACAUGGACAAGUCCAGUUGUAACUCGUCCUAAGGAAGAAAGCAUGGGAAUUUAUGGUGUGGAAGGAAGUAAACCUGGUGCAGCUCCGGUAGCUGCUUGGCUUUCUCACGAUGUAAUUGGCCUUCAUCAAAAAGGUUAUGGUGCAUUAUUAGGACAGGCGACUUUUACUUGUAGUAAAAUGUACUGUCAUUGGGCGACUAUGUCAACUGAUGAUGAUGACUUCAUUGUUGUUCCGUUCAACAUGCUGCCUGCUGAAAAGCUCAAUUCACCAAAUCAAAAAGAAGUCGAAAAACAAAAAGAUAAAAUCAGAGAACUAAUUGUCAACAAAUCAAAUUUGGAGAUCAUAAAGAAUGAAGAAGCAUUAAAUUUAAUUAGAAAUGUUGGUUCUGAUCUUAUAAUAAAUACUUUUGCGUGCAACUUUAAAGUGAAUGGCAAAAUGAACGAAGAUAUAAACGAAGCAAAUUAUCUUAAUCAGCGUUUAUUCGAAAAAUUCUCACUUACCUCUUACAGACAAGAUAACAAAUCAAAACCGUUGAUUAUUACUUCCACAGCGCUCAAACAGAGUGCUUAUGGUCAUUGUCUUACGAGUUUUAAGAACCGACUUGGUUUGAAAGGUGACCAAGACCUUUAUGUGUUAAUUAAUGUUGUUAUGUCACCUUGGCCUACAGAAUUCGAUUUUAUCUAUACACUUACAAAUACUUUUAAAGAAUCCUUAAAAGAACUUGCUGAG